AUGAACAACUCGGUCGUUUUUCAGUUCGCAAGCCCGACCGAUACACCGAGCGAGUCUCUCACGCCAAGCAUGCCGUCGGGCGCGUCAACGCCCGUUCUUGACGGCGGCCCUUCGCCUUACGGUAUGGGCAACGUCAUUGAACGGAUGAACAACGUGCAGGAUCGCCCCUCCGCCCCUCAACCGAAGCGCAGAAAAUUCGAUACUCCCGAGUCCGACGCAGACAACAAGAGGACUAUGGCGGGUGGAGGAGGCAGUGGCAUGCUCGGAGCCUAUGUCAACGAGAAACAGGAGGAAGGCAAGAACAACAGGCCGAACGCGGCCACCCAGUCGAUCGAUCUGACAGGGGGCGAUGACGACGUGGUCAUGGUCGAAAACCCCGCUAACGAAGAGGUUUGCUAUGGCAUGCUCACCGCUCACCUGGACUGUCACAAAGUACCAUCCGCAAAGCCGGGCACCCAGAGCAUAUUCGGGGCCGACUGGAUGCCACCAGUCAAGGUUGUUCUUAAGAGAAUCAUCGGAGACUCCACCAAGCGGAUCCAGGCCUACGAUUACACUCGAGAAAUCAUUGGAAUGGUUGACGCGCCGACAGCCACGGGGCUCGUCCCCUUGCUAGACUCCAACGUGCGCCUCAGAACCGACUGCAAGAUUCCUGCCCGCAGAAAGCAGCCGGAUGAACAGCCCGGUCAGCCGAUUUCACGAUCCUAUCCAGUGGAAAUGACCCUCUACGGCCAGUACAAGUUUGCAAAGGCUGUGGGCAAGCACUUUCAAAGACACAACAUUACACUUCGUCACCCUAACAGAGUCGAUAAGGGUAUCAGAUACGAGAAUGUCCACGCCGAGUCUAAGCCAGCUGCGGCUGCCCCGAGAUCCCUCUCGGGUGCCUUGUCUCAUUACAAUCCCCAGUCAUCCACCACAUACUACACGAAUCCGGCUCCUCGGACUGUGGAGGAGAUUCGCUCAGAUGUCAUGGGUGUCUUUGACUCUAUGGGACACAGCGAUGAACUUCCGCUGCUUGACCCAGCUCCCAUCAUAACCACCCCACUUCUCAAACACCAGCAGCAGGGUCUGUACUUCAUGACGAACAGAGAGAAGACGUCAACUGCCGAAGAGAGAACCAAGGGAACCAUGUGGCAGCUGCGAAUCGGCCCCAGUGGUCAAAAGUCUUACUACAACGUCAUCACAGGCCAUGUAGAGCGCCAACUUCCUGGAGACACUCACGGUGGAAUCCUCGCUGAUAUGAUGGGUUUGGGAAAGACCCUCAGCGUCCUAUCACUCAUCGCCAGUUCUCUGGGACAGGCCAACGAAUGGGCGGGACGCAUGCCCACUCAACCUGAAAUGCCGCCGCAAAAGGUGGGAGGCAAAGCUUCAGCCUCUAGCACUCUCCCCCUCACGAACAUCACCAAGAACACAAGAGCAACGCUAUUGGUCUGUCCUUUGAGUACGGUCACGAAUUGGGAAGAGCAGAUCAAGCAGCACAUCGCCCCUGGUGAACUCAGCUACUACGUCUACCACGGUUCGAACCGCAUCAAAGAGGUUGAAAAGCUAGCCGACUUCGACCUGGUCAUCACCACGUACGGCUCCGUUUCCAGCGAGCUAGGUGCACGCAGUAAGCGGAAGUCAGGCAAGUAUCCCUUGGAGGAGAUUGGGUGGUUUCGAAUCGUGCUCGACGAGGCGCACAUGAUUCGUGAAGUUGCGACCCUGCAGUUCAAAGCUAUCGUUCGGCUGCAGGCUUCCCGACGGUGGGCCGUCACGGGAACUCCGGUCCAGAACCGACUCGAAGAUUUGGCCGCUCUGCUCCAAUUCAUCAGACUGAAGCCUUUCGACGAUCGCAACAAGUUCAACCGUUUCAUCGUGGACCCUUUCAAAGCAUGCGACCCGGAAAUUGUUCCCAAGCUGCGUGUGCUGGUCGAUGGUGUCACUCUUCGCCGGUUGAAGGACAAGAUCAACCUACCUCCUCGGAGUGACCAUAUUGUCAAACUCGACUUCACACCGGAGGAGCGGGAGAUCUACGAUCUUUUCGAAAAGAACGCCCAAGAUCGUGUCAAGAUUCUCGCAGGAAAUGGCACGCAGCGCGCUUUGGGAGGUCAUUCCUACAUUCAUAUCCUUCGCUCCAUCUUGCGCCUGCGACUUCUCUGUGCUCACGGCAAAGAUCUUCUCAACGACGAAGAUCUCGAGGCUCUUCAAGGAAUGACAGCUGACAUGGCUAUUGACCUGGACAGCGACGAUGAAGAUGCCAAGCCGGGCUUAUCGAAUCGCAAGGCGUACGAGAUGUUCGAGUUGAUGCAAGAGACGAAUUCGGACAUAUGCAGCGCUUGUUCCAAGAAGCUAGGCACCAACGACGACGCUAGCAUCGAGUCGGAGGGACAGGAGGAUAUCUUGGGCUACAUGACGCCCUGCUUCCACAUUGUUUGCGGCUCAUGUAUUAAGGGUAUCAAGGAGCAAGCCAAGCGACUGCUGCCCAGCGGCCAGACUAUGGGACCAUGCCCCAUCUGUUCUGCUGUUGUCAAGCCUGCUUACGUGGACAUUCGUCGGUCCCAAGUCAAGGCAGAGCACGAGGGUCCUGCUAAGGACAAGACCACCACGAAUGGCCGCAAGAGCUUUGAGAAAUACUCCGGACCUCACACAAAGACCAGGGCACUCAUUGAAGACCUCCUCAAGUCUAGGGCCGACACCGAUGCCAAUCCGGACGAGCCCCCCUACAAGUCCGUCGUGUUCUCGACGUGGACAUCGCAUCUUGAUUUGAUCCAGUUGGCUCUCGACAGUCUCGAGAUCAAGUAUGUGCGGCUCGAUGGCAGCAUGACACGCAUCGCCCGCACUCAAGCCAUGGACACUUUCCGUGAAGACGAUUCCGUCCACGUCAUUCUUGUUUCUAUCACAGCAGGAGGUCUUGGACUGAACUUGACGGCUGGCAACAGCGUCUACGUCAUGGAGCCUCAGUACAACCCGGCUGCCGAGGCUCAGGCUAUUGACCGAGUCCACCGUCUUGGGCAGAAGCGUCCCGUCCGCACGGUCAGAUACAUCAUGCGAAACAGCUUCGAGGAGAAGAUGCUCGAACUGCAGGACAAGAAGAACAAGCUCGCGAGUCUUAGCAUGGAUAGGAAGGACAGAGUCUUCGACAAGGGCGAAGCAGCUCGGCAACGGCUGCUGGAUCUCAGAAGCCUGUUCAAAUGA